AACUUGAUGAGCAAGAGGCAUACGAGUAGAUCACAGAACAUUCAAUCGAGCAAAAAUGGCGGAUGACAAGGAUCCUUUCAAACAGAUGAAGGAUCUCAACCAGCUCAAGAAUCAGCUGGAAGACAUCCAGAAACGUGUGCAGAGUGAAUUUGCAGAAGGAAUCCCGCAGGGGGGCUCUGUGCUGGCAUCUCCCUUCCUGAAGGGCUUCCUGGCUGGCUAUAUGGUGGCCAAGCUCCGCUCCUCAGCUCUCAUAGGAGUGCUACUGGGAACAUUCACAGGCAUCUACGCUGCACAGAACUAUCAGGUUCCCAACAUCGAAAGCACCCUGAAAGACUAUAUGAGUUUGUUUAGAAAAGGACCCAAGUAAUGGGAAGAACCAGGCCUAGGCUUCAUCUUCUAACUGCCUGAGGUGUGUGGCACAAUCACCAUGUCUCUUUGUCAGAGGCUCAAACCUCUCCUUUGUAUACUGUAAAAAAUUAUAUUUGGUUUUAACUGGAUUUUGGUGUGAAAGAGUGAGUUUGCUUUGGGUUUUGUGCAAAUGUUAAAGGGUAAAUCUGUCAGUGCCCUGGGAAAAUAUAUUUUAUUCUCUGCUGAUCAGAUUAUAAAGUGGAUAAGGUUAUGUGCCUUGAGUGUAAGGUUACAUUGCAGGGGUGUUUGACUGCUUGCCUUAGUAACGUUGCCUGGUGCAGCCAUCUAGGCCUUUUUUUUGUUUUCUGAGCAGAAAUACCUUUUUUACCAUCUUAAAAUACAAACAUACCUUGAAUAGAUUUGGCCAAAAUUAUGGGAUUUGUUGCUAAUUUAGAUGUUAAGACUUAAGGUCAGGAUAUUUGUAUAUUCAGACAUAUACUAGUUAUUCAGGAGUGUUAGUGACUUACCGUACUGAGAAUGAGUGUGAUCCAGAACAUGGGGUCUGGGUUCCUGUUGCAGCAGGUGGUGGAUGAAGGGGAGUCUUCCUGGCCACUCUGCUCCUGACUGGGUACCUGUCUGCCCUGCACAUCUCCCUGUCCCUAGGCUGAGGACCAGGUGAGUCCCAGCCUUCACAUCAUAGCCUGAGGCCUUGUGCUGGUCUACUAUUUCAUCUCAGGGCUAGUAGCUGUCUACACAGAGCGGUUGCUGAAGAGCCAGCGACUACCCCUGUACCUGCAUGUGUUUGGAGUGGCCAUCAACUGGGUUUCCCACCUCUCCAGCAUGGGGGGGAGAACAGGGUUUCCUGGAGGAUUACUCAGGGGUGGUGUGGGCCAUUGUGGCAGGGCAGGCAGCUAACGGGUUGCUGAUGUCAGUACUAUUUGUCAGGCUAUUUGUCAUCUUCUGGUCUAUGCUGGUCAACACCCUCCUAUCCUGGGUUCUACUGGGCCUACGGUUCACCCCCUUUUUUCUUUUUUACGUCUAUGAUCAGCCUGGAAGCCUAGCUGUACUACAGGUAGCAGGACUCUGCCUGAACAUACCUGUGUUAUGGACAGUGGACCUCUGCUGAACUCUCAUUCCACUGCUCCACCACAAUCUCUGGCAGCAUUAUUUACCAGAUGAUGCAUUGACAUUCAGGUUGGAAUGUUUUUUUUACGAUGCAUAUAUAUAUAUAUAUAUAUAUAUAUAUAUAUAUAUAUAAUUUUACUUUAGUGAUUCAGUAUUUUUCAUUUAAUGUCCCAAAUAGUUUUAGUUAUUUGAAGAUAAAAUUAUGCAAUAGAAGCUGUACGUUAGGUGAGUCUUGCAGACCCUUCCAUCACAUUGUCACUGGUUUAUUUGCUACUCAUAAUGCACACUGCCUAUUUUUCAACUAGCCUUUGUUUUCCAGUUUAAUCGAAUUCUGCCGUAUUCAUACUUGUCUUUCCUUCAAUAUAUCAUUGGUGGACUCAUAAAUAGUUGGGUUUGGGUAAUACGUCUACAUUACACAACACUUUGAGUGGUGCUAUGAUUGUCAGUAUGGGUAUUUAUCAUUUCCUCUGCCAAGUAAAAUGUCAAAGAUACAAUAUAGUGCAGAAAGUGUUUAUGAAAUAUUUCAUUUUAUUUCUUUAGUGUUUUCUAUUCAAAAUAAAAUGCCAUAAAUUCAAA